AUGGAUUCCUUCCACAAUCGAAUGACUUCAAUUGAUCGUGCUUCUGUCGAAUCUAUUCUAACAGGGGCCGAUCAACCCACUGAAGUUCCCAGUCCCCAUAUUGGUGCUUCACCCAAUAGAGUAAAUUUCUCUGUAAAGGAACCACCUCGACCCAUUGUACGACCAGAUCGUGCACUAUCAUAUACUUCUAGAAGACCAAACCGACUUUCGCUCACUUUUCCCGUUGCUCCAAGCAGCGGCCCCGAAUCGGCCAGAGUUACUCCAACAUCGUCAAAUACCCCAUCAGUUCCUGCCACUCCCGCAGACCCAAAUGUUAUCGUAUCACCAAAUGAUCCAAACGGUUUUCUGGUUGCCCUUGCCAGUCAAGAAAGAAGGGUUCUCGAACUUAAGGAGGAACUCAGCAAAGCUGAGACUGAACUUAAGCAGUUGAAAACACAAUGGGCACUUCAUGAAGCAACAAAGAAGAGAGCGGAAAUUCGACAUGUCGAGAAACUUCAACCUGUGCAGACUGAGCGCGGGUCUCCCGAUGAAAAUGUAUUAACGACUCCGAAACAAAGUAUAGAUAUGGAUCGAAAGAAAGCUUUUCUUGCCAACCUUCCUCACUUGCCGAAGGAUCAGAAGAAUCCUCGAAGGAAAAUCAUUACCGGUGGUCAUACUCGCACCCUUUCGCUCCUAUCUCCUGAAAGGAUGACGCGCAAUUCUACUGUCAACGAGGUGAAUGGCACAACCUCAGUCGACCUCCCAAGAAGUACUACGAUGCCAGAUACGAGUAUUGGUAUUUCCAGGGUCAAUACAAACCGAGCAAACCGAAAUUCAUAUCAAGGAGGAUUGGGAGUAACACAUGGGGUGAAGCAGAUUACAGAAGAUGUCAAGACCGGGCUAUGGAAUUUUCUGGAGGACCUCCGCCAAGCUACAGUAGGCGAAGAGGCAGUCAAUGGCAAAGCGAGCAAACGAUCAAGCUUAGAUGCGACACAACGCGGGCUCAAUAAGCGAAUCAGCAAGGGUAGUUUGCGAGGACGACGAGGGAAAUCACCAAGACCAGAUCCAUCAUCACAAAGGACAUGGGACUCUUUGACUGGUAGUAAUCCUGCCCUCUUAGAUCUAGGAGGCGCAUUAUGGCAAGACCCUAAUUCUCUUGCGGCACCCCUGAAACCCACGAACGUCCAAAAGAAAAGCGCAAGACCAAUUUCCUUUCCCACAGCUACUAUUGAUGACGAUGAUUGGUCAAACUGGGAUUCUCCAACUCCCAAAUCGCCUAUGAGAUGGAGCGGCAGUUCCACACUAUCUGGUCCAGUGACCCCAGGAAACACGAGCAGUGAAGAUGAAGUAAACAUUCUGGACCAACACCACCCGCUCGAAUCGCCCUCAAGAACGGAUGAGAUCCAAUGGCCUGCACUCGAUAAUUUAAAACCGGGCAAUCUUAAGAAAACAAUAUCUACAGCAAUGAAAGAAUGGGAAAAAAGCCUUACUCCACCCCCUGAAGAAACACACUCUGGAGAUUUCCUCACCGGGUCUCCGCGUGUUAAUGGAAGACGUGAACGAGAGCCUGGUGUUGUUGCACAUGAUGCACAAUCUUGA